GAUGUUGAUUUCCCUUACCAAUAUGGCUGCCGUCUCGCGUGUCACUUCCGUGCAACUGUGUUCAGCUUUCAAUACGGCGGAGAGAAUUACAGUUACACUCCUCGAUAUCUAAGUGUCCUAAGUCUCCUCACCGGGGUCUCAGCAUGGCACAGGGGGCUGUAAAAGGCAAAGCCAAACCCAAGAAACCUGCCAAAAAGCCCGUGCCCAUGAGGAAGGGAGGCCGAGUUAUUGCACCAAAGAAAUCCCGCCUUAUCCACCAACAGAAGCUAAAGAAGAACCUGGAAGUAGAGAUCCGGAAGAAGAUUGAGCAUGACGUGACCCAGAAAGCCAGCUCCAACAUGCCCAAGAAACUGGCGCUGCUCAAGGCUCCGGACCAGGGCAAGAAGGAUAAAGGGGGCGUGGCCGGAGGAAGCAAGGCUUGAGGGGCUCCUCUUAAUACGGACUGGGGCGGGACCCUAUAAUGGAAUGUAUUUUGGUUAUUAUCCAGUAAAAGAUUUUUACCUA